CCCUGGAGCGCCGCGGAGGACGAGGAACUGACCCGCCUCGUGACGCAACGCGGGCCGCGGCGCUGGCCGACGAUCGCGUCGGCGAUGCCCGGGCGCACGGGCAAGCAGUGCCGCGAGCGGUGGCACAACCAGCUGGACCCGGCGGUGUCCAAGGCGCCCUUCACCGUGGACGAGGUGCGGACGAUCCUCGUCGAGCACCACAAGCGCGGGAACCGCUGGGCGGAGAUCUCGCGGCUCCUGCCCGGCCGCACGGACAACGCGGUCAAGAACCACUGG